CGGUCCUGCUGUGGAGAGGUGUGCAUGUAGAAGCCCGGCUGAUGUGAAGUUAAAGCUGUUGAAACAUCAUGUUGAAGUUCUUUUUAAACGAGGGAUCCCUGUUACGAUUGAGGAUUAAAACAAAAGGGGAAGUACUAGAAAGUACAGAGACACAAGCUGAGCCAACAGGAAUCCAAAUGCGCAUUCAAGGACAGGAACAGGUGGACAAGAAGUACGAUCCACUAGAUACGACACUGAAGUUUGUCAACAGGCGGGAUGAUUUGGAUCCAUUUUAUGAUGAUUCUCUCAGAGCAGAGAUGUCCUGCGGUCACGCCGUCACUCCUGAAACUCUAACACGUUGGUGUCACGCCCAGCUGGAGCAGGGGAAUUACAAAUUCAGAUGUCCAGCUUUAGUCGACCGCACCAAACAGUGUAAUAAAAUGUGGUCGUACCAGGAAGUGCGCAGACUGGCUGAUCUGACUGUGGAGGAAAUGCAGCACUUUGAAGAGAGCAUGGCCCGCCUGGCUAUUGAAAAAUACUGCGAGGUUCAGCAAUGCCCACAGUGCAAAACAACUGUGGAGAGGAAGGAUCUCUCUAACCUGUGUGUCCAGUGUGUCGUAUGCACAGCUGAUCAGAAGAAGACCUACCAGUUCUGCUGGCAGUGUCUGAAGCAGUGGAAGGGUCCGGGCCCUCGAUCUGACCGCUGCAACAAUGAUGGCUGUGAGAACAAGGACCUGAAAAUCCUGCGAACAUGUGGAACCAUCAGCCUGCCUGCAGUGAAGGGCGUCACCAGCUGCCCCUCCGUCAGAGUCUGUCCUACAUGUGGCCUGAGAGUGGGACAUAACAGAAAAAACUGCAAAAAUAUCUACUGUCCUCGCUGCAAAGUGCAGUUCUGUUUUGUCUGCCUGAAGCUAAAGAGUGAAUGUUCACAAACCAGCUCACCAUACGAAAUCUGCCCCAGUGGGGUCGCUCCGAGGCAGACCUCCAUCCCUGUAUGGAGGAAAACAUGAAAACAAGACCAGGGUUAAAACAUCAACAAGAAGAGCCUAUUGAGAACCUAUAGAGCUCAUCUUGAAAUAGCAAAUAUGUUUGGCACAACAACGCAUUCAGAUC